AUGGAUUCUGGCAAAAGGGUGCACACCAGGGGUGUGUGUAGGGAAAAGGGGAGAGGAAACCCCGAGGCAUCGACCUCUGUGGCUGCACUGGAGCCGCAAGACGACUCACCGGAGAGAAAGGGAGGGUGGAGGGUGGGCAGAAAAGACAGAUCCAGCGUCUCAUUGUGCUCCCCUCUGGAAGCAGCACAGGCUGAGAGAGGAAAGAAGGCCAAACUUUUAGGACAGAGGCAUAUUUUGGUUUCAGGUUUUGGUUUCGGACUUCGCUUUGAGAUGAAGUUUCUCAGAGCUCUGGGCGCUCUGCUCUGCUGCUCGCUGUCCUCUGCACAAACUCUGGAUCCCGGUGGGAAGAACGUCUGCAAGGAUAUGAGGAGCCCCUCCUCAUUGGUCUGUUGCCCUGGAUGGCACCAACAGGGAAAGGAGUGCACCAUACCUAUCUGUGAAGGUGAGCAGGCCUGUCUAAAGAACGAAGUGUGUCUGUUUCCUGGAGUGUGUCGCUGUCCACCUGGCUUCUACGGAGCACAGUGUAAAACCCGAUGUCCGUAUGACUUCUGGGCUCACGACUGUCGGCGGGUGUGUCCCUGCUACCCGAACGGCCGCUGCCAUCCGGCCACGGGGGAGUGCACGUGCAACUCCAACCGCUGGGGUCCGCUGUGCCAGUACGCCUGCAAGUGCACCCGCCACGGCCACUGCCACCCCGUCCACGGCAACUGCACCUGCGACGAGGGCUGGUGGACGGCCACCUGCUCCAAGCCGUGCCAGUGUUCGGGGGGGGCUUCCGGCGCCGGCUGCGACCAGCAGACGGGCCGCUGCCAGUGCCGCCGGGGUCACUGGGGUCAGAAAUGUGUGGGCACCUGCAUCUGCAGCCAGUCUCCGUGUAACCAGCGGACCGGCAUGUGCGAGUGCGUGGAAGGCUCGUGGGGACCCAGCUGUGACAAGACGUGCAACUGCGACCUCAAAAACAGCAAGUGUGACCAGCCCACCGGGCAGUGCGUGUGCAACCCGGGAUACCAGGGCCCCUUCUGCGCCCAGCCCUGUCCUGCCGGGACGUACGGCAACGGGUGCAAAACGAGGUGUGGUCACUGCAGAGACAGGCAGCCGUGCUCUGCCACUGACGGCGCGUGUGCCGCCUGCCAGCCCGGCUGGAACAGCAGCCGCUGCGACCGCGCGUGUGCGGCGGGUUUUUAUGGUGAAGGAUGCAAGAGCAGGUGUCCACGGUGCAGGAAGGACGAAGCCUGCGAUCCAGAAACCGGAACGUGUUCCGGCUGUGACCCUGGAUGGACCGGGCCCAGGUGUGAGGAGGCCUGCGCUGACAGGACGUAUGGAGACGGCUGCGGCUUCCUCUGCAGCCCAUGUUUCCAUGGUGACUGCCACCACGUGACAGGAAGAUGCAUCUGCCAGCCGGGCUUUCGGGGAGAGAGCUGUAACAGCAGCUGCCCUGCCCUGCAGUUUGGACUCAACUGUUCAUCCGUCUGCGACUGUGGAGACGGAGUGGGCUGCCACCCGGUCACCGGCGCCUGCCCCAGCAGCUUUCGGGGCGCUGUACUUGCUGGUGUGCUGGUUCCUUUGCUCCUGCUGCUUCUGGCUGUGCUGUGCUGCUGUCUGUGUUGUGGAGGAGGCCCCACAGAUGCCAAAAACAGUGCAACCGUAGCUGACGGCGGACUGUUGGUCAGGAUGAAGUAUCACGUCUACAGCGUCCUUGCAAACAUUGGCGCGGCCCUCCCCUGUAUCUCUGACUGGUCCUCAGGCCUGCCUCGAGUUACCGUGUCUCAUCACGACCCAGAGCUGACUUUCAACCACAGCUUCAUUGAGCCUCCGUCCUCUGGCUGGGUAACUGAGGGGUCCUCCUUUGACAGCGACGGGGAGGAAGGAGAGGCCCUUUACUGCGUCCCUCCCAGAGAAGACAUCCCAGCGGUGGCGGGCGGGGAGUUCCAGGAGAUGAGCUCAAAGUGUAACAUGUUCUUAGACCCGUCGGGCUUCAGCAACGAGGACAUCACUUCCCCGUUCAACAUCCCUCGCACCUCCAGCAUCGCCAAGUCGAAGCGACCCUCCGUCUCAUUUGCGGAGGGCACCCGCUUCAGCCCCAAGGAGAGGCGGGGCUCUGGGCAGGACCUCAGCACCCCCCAACGCGGCAAAACAAAGUCGCCCUGGGGGGUUCUGAUGCUGUCCACCCUCCAAAGUCAGGGGGCCACGGCUAGAAGUGGGGAAGAGGAGGGAGACGAAGGUGAAGAGAGGGAAGAUGGGGUGGACGUCCAAGUGACAGACAACCAGGAGGCAAAUUGUGAGGCGGCAGAACAGGAAGUAGACAGACCCUCAGCCCGAGCGGCCGCGCAGGGGUCCGGGCCGUCUGGACGAAGAAGGACGAUGUCCAACGCAGCUGGUCCCAAAGGGACCCUCGCCUCCACCACGUCUGACGCGGAGGCGAGGGUCUCACACAAGGUAACCACUGUGUAUGUGACGGUGGGUAAGGCCGGCAGGCCCGUCACAAAGAUAGAGCCCAGCUCAGAGGGGCCCGUUCAGGCCAUGCUGCGGAGACUGGGCAGCCUCCAGAGACAGAGGGAGCAGGAUUCUGGCAGGUCAAAGCCGAAGUCAGCCGAAGGCAUCACCAAGCCACCCCGGAGGAAGUUAGGGGCCAGGGCCACCGUGUGGGAGCAAGGUGGGCAGCCCACAGGGGAACCCGGCAUGUCUAAGCCUGUCAGGAGGAAGCACAGCUCCCAGAAUCUUUCUGACAAAGCAGGCCCAGAUGAUACCCCCAAGCGGCCGCUAUCAUCCAUUUUGAAGAGCGUGCCGGAGGCGGCCGGAGCUGACUCAGGGUCAGACCGGAGGACUGGCGGACAGGACGUGGAGGAAAGUACAAGGCCAACUGAGAGCGGCUACCUGACCGUGGGACCGGCGGGAGACACCACCGAGAUCAUCACCAACGAAGGAGCUGUGGGGAAGGUGAACGACGAGCCCUGCUAUGAAAACAUUCUGAUUCAGCAUGCGUGA